UUGAGGUUGGGUUGGGCGACAUCCCCUGGGGGAAGACAGGAUUCCGCUCGGCCGCGACGGGAGGCUGCACGGCAGGCGGUCAGGCGGGCGGGCAGGCUCGCACCCGGACGGGGACGGACGCGCCUGCGAGCCCUCCGAACUCGCAGGUGCGCGCCCGCCCGCCCGGGACCGCGCGCUUCCGAGCUCGGCGCGCGCGCCCUACCGCGCAGCUCGGCUCCGCUUGACCCGCGGGCGCCAGACGCCGUGCUCCGGCGGGCGCAGCCGCGGCGGCGCGGGCCUCCCGAGCUGACACUCCCCCUGCGCGCCCCUCCCCCGCCGCGGCGCAAUCCCGCCCGCCCGCCCGCCUGCCUGCGCGCGAGCCCGAGGCCGCUUCCCCCGGUACCGGCGACUGCGCGGCCCUGGGCGCGCCGGGGUCGCCUCAGGGUCCGAGCGGCAGCGGUGGCCUCCUCGGCGAGCGAAGCCUGCGACGCUGCCGAACCCGGCUCCCCAUCGGUUCACCUCCGCGAGCCGCGGCGACGACCGCAGAGGCGGCGGCGGGAUGAGCGGUAGCGGCGCGGCGCCGGGCCCGGGCUCGGGGUCCUCCCCGGCCGCCUGUCGCUUCGCGCACUACUUUGUGCUGUGCGGGAUCGAUGCGGACAGCGGACUGGAGCCUGACGAGCUGGCGGUUUUGUACCAAUGGCUAGAAGCAGAUCGUCAUGGCAAGAGCCAAGAAACUACAAAUACGACUUCAGGCGAAAAUUUUGACCAGAGUCCUUUGAGAAGAACGUUCAAAUCGAAAGUUCUGGCCCAUUAUCCUCAGAGCAUAGAAUGGAACCCUUUUGAUCAAGAUGCAGUGAACAUGCUGUGCAUGCCCAAAGGGCUGUCUUUCAGAACACAAGCGGACAACAAGGAGCCCCAGUUCCACUCGUUCAUCAUCACCCGCGAAGACGGCUCUCGCACCUACGGCUUUGUUCUCACUUUUUAUGAAGAAGUCACAAGUAAGCAGAUCUGCACAGCGAUGCAGACGCUGUACCAGAUGCACAAUGCCGAGCAGCACAGCAGUGUGUACGCUUCCUCCUCCUGCAGCAUGGACUCGCUGGCAAGCAGUAUUGAUGAGGGAGACACAACCUCUCUUUUGAAACUCCAGCGAUACAACUCUUACGACAUCAACAGAGACACCUUGUAUGUUUCAAAAAGUAUUUGCUUGAUCACACCUCUGCCUUUCAUGCAAGCCUGCAAGAAAUUCCUCCUCCAACUUUACAAGGCUGUUACCUCUCAGCAGCCACCACCCUUGCCCCUUGAGAGCUACAUCCAUAAUAUUCUCUAUGAGGUACCCCUUCCACCUCCCGGGAGGUCACUGAAGUUUUAUGGUGUUUAUGAGCCUGUCAUCUGCCAGAGGCCUGGGCCCAAUGAACUCCCUCUUUCUGACUACCCUCUCCGAGAGGCCUUUGAGCUCCUGGGAUUAGAGAACCUCGUUCAAGUGUUUACCUGUGUCCUUCUAGAGAUGCAGAUCCUUCUCUACUCACAAGAUUACCAGCGCCUGAUGACUGUGGCGGAAGGCAUCACCACACUCCUCUUCCCGUUUCAGUGGCAGCAUGUUUAUGUGCCCAUCCUCCCUGCCUCUCUGCUGCAUUUUCUCGAUGCCCCUGUCCCUUACCUGAUGGGUCUUCAAUCAAAAGAAGGAACUGACCGGUCUAAAUUAGAACUUCCACAAGAGGCUAAUUUGUGUUUUGUGGAUAUUGACAACCAUUUUAUUGAAUUGCCUGAAGAAUUUCCACAGUUCCCCAAUAAGGUGGAUUUUAUCCAAGAGCUGUCUGAAGUUCUUCUCCAAUUUGGGAUUCCUCCUGAAGGCAGCCUCCAUUGUAGCGAGAGUGCCACCAAACUGAAGAACAUGGUUCUGAAAGACCUGGUUAACGACAGAAAGAACGGCAAUGUCCCCACCAGCAACAUCAGCAUGUACGAGUUAAUGAAGGGCAAUGAAACCAUAGCCCGCCUCCAGGCUCUUGCUGAUAGGACUGGUGUGACUGUGCAAAAAAUUGACCUCUCAGCGUCUCUGAAUGAAAAAGAAAAGGAUUUGAAAUUACAGUGUGAAGAGGCAGAAUUGAGAGACUACCAACUCAACGUACAAGUACGAGAGGUCUUUGCCAGCCGCUUUAUACAGAUGUUUGCGGAUUAUGAAGCAUUUGUGAUUCAGACCGCCCAGGACAUGGAGGCCUGGCUGACCAACCGGGAGCAGAUGCAGAACUUUGACAAAGCGUCCUUCCUCUCUGACCAGCCUGAGCCUUACCUGCCGUUUCUUUCACGCUUCAUUGAAACACAGAUGUUCGCCACCUUUAUUGAUAAUAAAAUCAUGUCUCAGUGGGAAGAGAAGGACCCUCUGCUUCGGGUCUUUGACUCUCGGAUUGAGAAGAUAAGGUUGUAUAACGUAAGGGCGCCCACCCCCACCCUGCGGACUUCUAUCUAUCAGAAAUGCAGCAGUUUAAAAGAAGCAGCCCAGUCAAUUGAGCAAAGACUGAUGAAAAUGGAUCACACUGCAAUUCACCCACAUCUACUUGAUAUGAAAAUCGGCCAAGGCAAAUAUGAGCAAGGGUUCUUCCCAAAGCUGCAGUCCGACGUCUUGGCGGCAGGACCGGCCAAUAACAAUCGCUGGGUGAGCCGAAAUGCCACAGCACAGCGCCGGAAAGAACGCCUUCGCCAGCAUUCUGAGCACAUAGGACUGGACAAUGACCUACGGGAGAAAUAUAUGCAAGAGGCGCGAAGCCUAGGAAAGAACAUGAGGCAACCGAAGUUGUCAGAUCUCUCACCUGCUGUGAUCGCACAAACCAACUGGAAAUUCGUAGAAGGCUUAUUAAAAGAAUGCAGAAUGAAGACAAAACGCAUGUUGGUAGAGAAGAUGGGACAUGAAGCAGUGGAGCUGGGCCAUGGAGAAGCGAACAUCACUGGCUUGGAAGAGAAUACCUUGAUCGCCAGCCUCUGUGACCUGCUGGAGAGGAUAUGGAGCCAUGGCUUACAGGUCAAGCAGGGGAAGUCUGCCUUGUGGUCACAUUUAAUUCAUUUCCAGGACAGAGAGGAGAAACAAGAGCACCUUACAGAUUCACCAGUUGCCCUUGGACCAGAAAGAAGAAAAUCUGACUCAGGAGUUAUGUUACCAACACUCAGGGUCUCUCUAAUUCAAGACAUGAGGCAUGUUCAAAACAUGAGUGAGAUCAAGACUGAUGUUGGCCGAGCCCGGGCAUGGAUAAGAUUGUCUCUAGAAAAGAAACUUUUGUCACAGCAUCUCAAGCAGUUGCUCUCCAACCAACUACUGACCAAGAAGCUGUAUAAACGGUAUGCUUUUCUACGCUGCGAGGAGGAAAGGGAGCAGUUCCUCUACCACCUGCUCUCCCUCAAUGCUGUGGACUAUUUCUGCUUCACCAGUGUGUUCACCACGAUCAUGAUUCCUUAUAGAGCAGUGAUAAUUCCAAUUAAAAAGCUGAGCAAUGCGAUCAUUACAUCAAACCCGUGGAUCUGUGUUUCGGGAGAGCUAGGAGACACCGGAGUGAUGCAGAUUCCAAAAAACCUACUUGAGAUGACUUUUGAGUGCCAGAACCUGGGGAAGCUCACCACUGCUCAGAUCGGCCACGAUAACUCCGGACUGUUAGCUAAAUGGCUGGUGGAUUGCGUCAUGGUGAGAAAUGAAAUCACAGGACACACAUACAGGUUCCCAUGUGGGCGGUGGCUGGGGAAAGGCAUUGAUGAUGGAAGUUUGGAGAGAAUUCUUAUUGGAGAAUUGAUGACAUCGGCUUCAGAUGAAGACCUGGGAAAGCAGUGUCGGACUCCACCACAGCAGAAGUCUCCCACGACAACCAGGAGACUCAGUAUUACUUCCCUAACGGGGAAGCCUGCCAAGCCCAAUGCUGGGCAGAUCCAGGAAGGGAUUGGAGAAGCUGUGAACAACAUCGUGAAGCACUUCCACAAACCUGAAAAGGAGAGAGGAAGCCUCACGGUGCUGCUGUGUGGAGAAAAUGGCCUGGUUGCUGCACUGGAACAAGUUUUCCAUCAUGGGUUCAAAUCUGCCCGCAUCUUUCACAAGAAUGUCUUCAUCUGGGACUUCGUAGAGAAAGCUGUGGCCUAUUUUGAAACUACUGACCAGAUUUUAGACAAUGAAGACGAUGUACUCAUCCAGAAAUCAUCUUGCAAAACCUUCUGCCACUAUGUGAAUGCUAUAAAUACUGCACCCAGGAGCAUCGGGAAGGACGGCAAAUUCCAGAUCCUAGUUUGCCUUGGAACAAGGGAUCACCUGCUCCCACAGUGGAUUCCAUUGCUAGCGGAGUGUCCCGCCAUCACCCGAAUGUAUGAGGAGAGCGCACUUCUCCGAGACCACAUGACUGUCAACUCCCUUAUCCGAAUUCUACAGACUAUUCAGGACUUCACCAUAGUCUUGGAAGGAUCUCUAAUCAAAGGAGUAGACGUGUAACCUGCUGACAGAAACUCUUCAUCCUGCGCUGGCUCCUGAACCCUCCCCAGCUCUGGGACCUCUGGACUGGUCUGGUCACAGUGAGCACUGCCUGGGCGGUGCCGUGCAGUAGAAGCCCAGUUUGAACAAUCUCCACUCUGCACACGAGGCAAAGUGCUGUAUUGUAGUUCAUUUGAACCUGAAAUUUAGUAUAAAACAGAGUAUUUUCAUGUGUUAGAUGUGUGUAAAUAUGCUAUCUUUAAGAAAUUAUAUUACUCUAAUAAGAUACUUUUCUUAGAUUGAAUAUUCCUGUGACUUAAAAUAAGUAGCUUAAAAAUGUCGGGGGUGGGGAGAGCGGUGCUAGUCAGGAAGAAGCCAGUAAAUGUGUCCGUAGUGCAACCCUCCAGGUAUCACAAAGGAACCCAUAAUGCAUCGUUGUGAAGCAGCCGUCCUUCCUGGAGUUCCGUCCUGUGUGUGGUGAAUGUACACAGCUUUACAUACUGUACAAGAGUCCUCAUCUACCUUUGGGUUAUAAACCAUUCAAUAUGUUUGAAUUAUGAGUCACUUUUAAAUACCAGACUCCAGCAGAUUAAAGGGUGGCGCGCACCUUUAAUCCCAGCACUGGGGAGGCAGAGGCAGGUGGAUCUUUCUGAGUUGCAGGCCAGACAGGACUACAAAGUGAGGCUCUGUCUCCGAACACAGGCACACACAUACUGCCAGGUCCCAAGGGCUUGGCUCAUCGGAAAGAAAACAGGAAAGUCCUGCGAAGUGUGUUUAAGUGUGGGAUUAUAGCUUCUUUACUUUACUUUGGAAAGAUUAGCCUGAAGUAGCUUCGUUCUUGGAAUUUUUAUUACUGUUAUUUGAGAGCACUGUGGAGAUAAUGAAUUUCAGUAUUAGCCGUUUAGUCAUAGUAACUGCAAAAACCAGUGUGACUCGGUACUUUAACUUGGCCAUCUACAGUCUGUAACCAGAGUUAGACUACCAGCCCUGUCUUUGUUAGGUUCCAGCCACCCCGCUCCCCUCAGGAAAUGGAGGUCUCUGUGUGAUUUGGAAUGCUUUUGUGAAAGUAUUUGUUGACCAUGAUAAUGCAAAUAACAGAAGCAGGGAGAAAGAGUGAACAUUUCUGGGUGUUCAGGGAAAUGUAAAGCGAUUGGCUCAGGGCAGUUCAGGCCCUGCCGCUGAAUAAAUAUGUUAGCAAUUACAUAAAUCUUCAUCUUCUGCUAAGUCGGAGACCUCUAAUUAGGCGCUGAUACCCUGUUAGUAGUAAAACUGCCUCGGCAGAGCUCCGGGUCUAUUCCCCUUUGUAGCCGAAGAGCGGGGCUGCAGCCCCUGAGGGUCCUGGGCUCCUGCCAACAGCGCCGUUCCCUUAUUUAUAGAGGAAGAAGCUAAUAGAUGAGGGACCUAACUCCCUGUAUCAGACACCGCUCAGCCAAGGAGGAGCAGCUCCUGGGAAUGGGAAGGGAAGGGAGGGCUUAGGGCUCCAGAUGGCCUGGGUGAACCAGAGAUUUGUUUACCUAAAAUAAGUAUUCUAGAGACACGAACCUACUAUGGGAAACAUCCAGGAGCUAUAAAUGGUCCAUUUCAGGCUUUUAUUGUUCCCUUUUCCCAUAGGGCCACCGUCCUGAAACAGCACCAGGAAGAUUCUAAGCUAGUAUGCUACAACUGAGUCAUCCAGUACGGCUUCUUGGUUUAUACGUGGGAACAGAAUCAAAGAUUACAUUCUUGCCCUUUUCCCCUUGACAACACAGGGAUUUUACCACACCAGGCUGCAUGAGACCAACCUUCAAAGCAUUCUUACCUAGUCGUAUUUCUUCUGUUGAAUCUUCAUUCACCUGUACAGAUAUGAAGCAAUAUUCCUGUAGUACUUAAUAAGGACCGAUACUUAAAUGGUUCCGUUGUUGUUUUGUUUUUCGUUUGUAAAGCAGAAUAUCCCUUUGUAGCCCUGGCUGUCCUUGGAAUUCUACUUUAGAUCAGGCUGACCUGGAACUCACAGAGAUCCAGCUGCCUCUGCCUCCUGAGUGAGGGGAUUCAAGCGAGUGCCCUGCCCAACAAACUGUCCUUAAUCUCUUAGGCAUUGCAUCUCUUGCAUUCCUGUGCUUAGAACUGUUACUUACAGUAAUACCAAAAACAAACAAACAAACAAAAAAAUACCUAUAAAGUUCUGUUCCCUGUGGUGUCAUUUGGGUGGACUAGUGAAGUGACUGGUUAAAACCACUGUACAUCCUCCUGAAGGCUGGUCUUCUCCCAGGUGUGGCUCCUGCUCACACAGCUAGGCCUCUUGGGAGCAUCCUGACUGACCCGUAUGCCCAUUUCUCUGAAUUUCCCUUUGCCUUAUGGAAUAAAUUCAAUGUGUAGAAACACCAUAAAGACCUUAGGAUGUGAUAGAUAAGAAUGCUCCCACUGAGUUUGGAGUUACCUCUUGCAAAUGAUGACUUAUCAUGUGGUUUAUAACAAACUGAGUCGAUAUGGAAAAUAUUUACAUCACAACAGAAGGAGAUUUCUCAAAACAUAGCCCUCCGUGCCCACGUUUAUAAGGACCAUACAACAGGCACCCUUCUUGCUGUGUGUUUUUUUAACUAGUACUAUACUUUAGAAUCACCUCAAAGUAAAUGAAAAUCAGAACUGCUUAUUUUUAUUAAGUUUUAUUAAGUUUGCUCUGCCUGGAGAUGUGGUGCAGUGGUAGAGUGUUUAGGUAGCAUGUACAAAACCUGGGGCUCUAUCCUCAGCAGGCAAAAAUAAAAUUGCCAAAAUCUUGAGUUCUUCAAAAGUUUACUGUCCAAGUAUUUUUCUUCAAUCCUAAAGCCUCAGUCUCAAGCACCUUCAUGUCACCUCCAUGGUGACUGGGUUUGCAUAUUACAUAUGAGAAGUUGUCUGUGCUCCAGGAGGAGGGGACCCUCAGCACCUUACCGUGACCGCCCAGGAACAGAGUGGAGCCUCCCAGCAUGACCUUGUUUCCCGCUCGGAAUGAACACUGAUAGAGGAAACCUAAAACUUGCAGGAUUCAUUUUAAAUGUUUAUACUUACUGUACCUUUUGUAGCUCUGUGGGGUUUAUUUAACAUGACUUUUUAAGAAAUUAUUUUGAUGAACUGCUAUAACACUGAAUAAUACCAAUUUGCUUCUACUUUUCUGACAGUAAGCACAUAUAAGUAAAUAUAAAGAAAAAUAGAUGGAGAUAAUCAUUCCUGUGUAGCAUGUGUUAAUAUCUCUAAAGUACUUCAGAAUAUGAGGCAGCAGACAACAGACAAGAGUAUCAGAUCCCCAGGAAAAUGUUUGACGGCAUUGAGGACAGAGCUCCUCAUAACGUAAAUAUCUAGGAAUGAUAUCUUUUCAAAAGGUUUUUUUUUUUAAAGGGAAUUGUAUUUUCUCUGAGGUCUACAGAGGCUAGUUGACCCUUUUCAUGGUAUUGACAGAGCAUUCUGAACUUACAUAUUUCAGUAUUAGCACACCUUGAUUGAUAGAGUUCAUCUGUUUCCAAGCCUCUCUGUCUUUUGUCUCUGGUUGGUUUGAUUUAUUUUAUUAUUAUUUUUUUAAUUAAUUAAUUUUUUUGUUUGAUUUGGUUUGGUGUUUUGUUUGUUUUUCAAGACAGGGUUUCUCUGUGUGACUUUGGAGCCUGUCUUGGAACUCACUAGGUAGACCUGACUGGCCUUGAACUCCACCUGCCUCUGCCUCCUGAGCGCUGGGAUCAAAGGUGUUCCCCACCACACUUGGCAAGCAUUUGUGUUUUUGGAAAUCUUUGUUUCUAAUAUAACAAUUGCAUUAUCAUUUAGCAUAACUUGGAGACAGAUGUCCCUUAUUUCUAUUAAAAUACAUAUGCUGGAUCAAACCGAAUUUGAAGCUUUUUGAAGUCGUGUGCUGUUACAGUAUGAGGAAAGGAACCUAAGGGUGGGCUAGAGUGGAGCUCACUGAUACGUGUGCUUAGCAUACCCAGGCCUGGGCUCAGCACCCCAGCAAAAGAGAACAGGAAAUUCAACAGUGAUCAUACCUCCCCAAAUCUGACACCUCUCUCAAGGAUAGGGUCAAAACUGACUCGCGAAAGACAAACUGAGGUAUUCAUAUUUAUAUCAGACUGGAAAGAAAUCACCAAGUAAACGUCGCCCCUCUCUGAAAGGGUUCUGUCAUAUCCUUAGUUAUUUAGGAAGGAGCCAUGCUUGUUCCAGUUACUUGUGGGUUGGAUCUAGUGUAUAUUUUAAACACAUUUUGAUGUGGAAAGGAAUAUUAAGGUCAAAUGAGGAUAUAAAACAGAAAAAAAAUGUGCUGCACUUGAACCACACGUAAAGGUACCCUGUGUUUUUGUUUGUUUGUUUUUUAAUAGUUCUCCACUUAAAUUAUAUUGCUUCCCUUUGUAUUAUUAACUCUGUAUGUCACAACUGGAAUUCUCUCCCCCUCCCCCAUCUGAACAUAAUAGAAAGUCUGAAGAGUAUUGUGAUAUUAAGCACUUUAACAUAUCGAACAAACUGACAUGGAUUUUUCAGGUUUUGGAUUUAAAUAUGACUUUUCAUGCUUUGUUCUUUACAAAUAAAACUGUGGGGUUGAUA